AUGGCCGCUAAAAUACAACCCCUACGUACUGCGCUCAUCGGACUGUCGUCUACGGCGGCUACUUCUUGGGCUGCCGUAGCCCAUCUCCCAGGCCUCCUCUCAGAGACAGGCAGAUCCAAGUUUGUCAUUAAAGCGCUUUUAAACAGCAGUGUUGAUGCGGCGAAGUCUGCCAUAAGCACGUACAAACUUCCAGGCGACACCAAAGCAUACGGCUCGCCAGAAGAACUUGCCGCGGACCCGGACAUCGACCUGGUCAUCUGCAAUACAAGGGUUGACAAGCACUACGAGACAAUCAUCCCCAGUAUUCGCGCAGGCAAGGAUGUGUUUGUAGAGUGGCCGAUUGCGGGUAAGAAAGAGCAUAUUGAAGAGAUAGUUCAGACGGCGAAGCAGAGCGGAUCUCGUGUCGCGGUAGGUCUACAAAGACGGGGGAACCCAAUCGUUUUGAAAGUAAAGGAGCUGGUGAGCGGCCGUGACGCGAAGCUGGGGACGCUGCUGAGUGCAGAUGUACGACUUCAUGGCGCCUCGAAUGACCGCGAGAUCCUGCCAGCUGGGCUCCGGUACUUCACCCAGAAAGAGAUCGGCGGCAAUGUCAUAACCAUCGGCAUUGGACAUGCGCUCGACACCCUCCUCGCCGCCAUCGGCGACCUCGAGCCCUCCACAGUGCAAUCCAAGUCGCAAAUCCAGCGCCCAGAAGUGCGUAUUCGUGACCCCUCCAGCGGCGCAAUCAUCGACACAGUCACCUCUGACGUUCCUGAUCUGCUCUCGUUCAACGCCCAGCUCAAGCCAUCCCCUCACACAGCUCCCAACGCCACCCUCUCCUUCUUUUACCGCCGCGGCCAGUCGUUCCCGGGCACUCCGGCACUGACCUGGACGCUUAACUUCCAGCAUGGAGAGAUCAAGGUCGAGUCGCCUACAUCUGGAUUUCUCGAGCCGGGGCCUAAAGAUGAGCCUAUCACGAUCCACGUGCACCGGUAUGAUGAUGAUAGCGUCGAGGUGGUCGAGUGGAACUGGAGCCCCGAGCAAGCAGUGCUGCCCCUUUCUGCGCGAUCUGUGUCAGCGACUCUGUUUGCUUUUGCGGAUGGAAGGCCUGCAGGAGAGGGAUGGGUUAGUGUUGACGAUGCGGCGAGGCGGGCAGUGGUGAUUGAGAAAUUUCUCAGUGUUUGA